AUGCCGUCUCUCUCCAUGCUCACUUGUCUACUAUUUCAACGCCUCUUUGCCCUUCAUCGAAAGAUUGCUACAGCUGGGUGGUUGGAAGCUCCGGAUUUCACAUUUUUCCAACUGCUCAAACCUGGGAAGUGGCAGUGGGUAGCUCAGCUCAACAGACUUCCGACAAGAUCUAGGCUUGUCGCUUGGGGAAUGCAAAUCCCCUCUGUUAGGCUUCGAUUAUCUCCAUGCAUCUUCUACACUUGGUCAUCUCUUAUUGCUUGGACAAAGAACAAAUCAGAUUCUGCCCCGCCUAUACUUCGCAAAGUUGCGGCCCAAGCAGCAGUGUACCACAUCUGGAAGCAAAGGAACAACUUGCUUCAUAAUCAGGUUUCUCUUCCUCCGGCAAUCGUUUUCAACGACAUCGACAAGGAAGUGAGAAACACCAUCUCUGCCAGACGGACCCGAAAACUAUUUAGGGACCUAAUGCCAAACGACGUCGUUUCACUCUUCUCUCAAUCUAAUUACGGAUCAGACGUAAUCAUUGGCGUAUUCGAUACCGGAAUCUGGCCAGAGAGGAGGAGUUUUUCAUAUCUCAACCUCGGUCCAAUUCCAAAACGGUGGAGAGGUGUUUGCGAAUCCGGAGCAAGAUUUGGUCCUUGGAACUGUAACCGAAAAAUCGUCGGAGCAAGAUUCUUCGCUAAAGGGCAACAAGACGCCGUAAUCGGAGGAAUCAACAAAACCGUUGAGUUUCUAUCUCCUCGUGACGCCGAUGGACACGGUACUCACACUUCCUCAACCGGCCGUCAUGCUUUCAAAGCGAGUAUGUCCGGUUACGCCUCCGGUGUAGCCAAAGGUGUUGCUCCUAAAGCACGUAUCGCCACCUACAAAGUCUGUUGGAAAGAAUCCGGUUGUCUCGAUUCCGAUAUCCUCGCCGCUUUUGAUGCGGCUAGUAGAGACGGCGUCGACGUUAUAUCGAUCUCAAUCGGUGGUGGUGACGGGAUUACUUCUCCGUAUUACCUCGAUCCAAUCGCUAUAGGCUCAUACGGCGCCGCGUCGAAAGGAAUCUCCGUUUCUUCUUCCGCCGGAAACGAAGGACCUAACGGUAUGUCAGUUACAAACCUCGCACCGUGGGUAACCACCGUUGGUGCUAGUACAAUCGAUCGGAAUUUCCCGGCGGAUGCAAUUCUCGGUGACGGACAUCGUCUCAGAGGCGUGUCUCUCUACGCCGGAGUACCGUUAAGAAAACGACGUCAUUUGGCUUUGUUUUUGGAAAUUGAGAGAAGAGUGAAACGACGUCGUUUUCUUAACGGAUCAUGGGUAAUCAUACGGGUAAUCCUAAUCGCGGUACAGUAA